CAAAUUCCAUGAAAUCGAUUUGUGCUUUGAAGCAUGAUUACACAAAACUAGUCUCGAAUCCGCCGGCACGCGUGCAAGCGAUUGCGUUUCAGGUAGAAUAACACAUAACUAGUGCUCGAACGUAUUUUAUUUUCUAAGACAAUGGCCGAGAUAGAUCUAUCACCUGCAAAGGAUAAAGGUGUAUUGAAGGAAAUUAUCAAGGAAGGAGAAGGAGAUGCAACUCCUACAACUGGUUGCAAAGUAAAAGUCCAUUAUACUGGUACCUUGCUGGAUGGAACAAAAUUCGAUUCCAGUAAAGACAGGGACAAACCAUUUAAAUUUGAUCUUGGACGAGGCAGCGUUAUUAAAGCAUGGGACAUUGGUGUAGCUAGUAUGAAAAAGGGUGAAGUUGCUAUAUUGACGUGUGCACCCGAAUAUGCCUAUGGCAAGAGUGGUAGCCCACCAUUAAUCCCACCUGAUGCUACUCUGAAAUUUGAAGUUGAGCUACUUGAUUGGUAUGGAGAAGAUCUAAGUCCAAACAAGGAUAAAAGCAUUGAAAGAUUCCAGAUUGUUGCUGGAAAGCCUUAUGCUAAUCCUGAAGAUGGUGCCCAAGUGAACAUACAUUUGGUUGGGAAGUAUAAUGGACAAAUAUUUGAAGAGAGAGAUGUAGAAUUUACUCUUGGAGAAGGUGAAAUUGAGGGAAUUGUGGAGGGUGUAGAAAUAGCACUGCAACGUUUUUUAAGUGGAGAGAAAUCUAGACUUUUAAUUAAGAGUAAAUAUGCAUUCAAGGAAAAAGGAAAUCCUGAAUUUAAUAUUCCGCCGAAUGCAGAUGUGGAAUAUGAAGUAGAAUUAAAGAACUUUGAAAAGGAAACAGGCAUAUGGUCAAUGAAGCCAGCAGAAAAGAUAGAACAAGCAAAGAUACAGAAAGAAAAAGGAACGAAAUAUUUAACAUCUGAUAAAAUCAAUUUAGCUAUUAAAGUUUACCAGAAAGUUUUCAAGUAUUUAGAUAGUAAAUCAGAUUUCGAAGAUGAUCUCAUGAAAGAGAGGGAUAACCUGGUAUUAACGACUCACUUAAAUCUUGCUUUAUGCUAUCUAAAAAUCGACGAGAACAUUUUGGCAAAAGAACAAUGUACUAAAGCUUUAGAAUUGGACCCUAAGAAUGAAAAAGCCUUGUUCAGAAGAGGACAAGCACAUCUUAAGCUUGCAUCACCUGAAGAUGCUAUCAUAGAUUUCCAGCAGGUUCUAAAAGUACAGCCAAAAAAUACAGCCGCGUCUAAACAAAUUUCAGUUUGUAAUUAUCUUAUUAAGAAGCAGUUAGCUAAAGAGAAGAAACUUUAUGCGAACAUGUUUGAUAAGUUUGCGCAAGAGGAUAAACAGGAGGAGCAAAAACUGAAGGAACAACCAGAUGUGAUGCAUGGGGCUCUAGGAGAAUGGGGACAGGAAGAAAGACCCGGAGGUAGAGAUGCAACUGCCUUUGAAAAGGAAAAUCCCAACAUACUUAUGCUCAACGCUAAUGGUUCCGGUGAAUUCAAAAACAUGUAAACAAUGGCCUUUUUUUUUUCUUUCUUUCUUUAUACUGCCUUGUGUAACUGCCAGUGAACUGAUAUCUCGUUAAAUUUAUUUUUGAUGUAAUUUUAAAUACUAUCAGCUUUUAAAAAAAUUUAACUAUAUAUGUGUUAAAUACAUGUGUUUGACAUAUAUAUUGAGACCUUGCCAAAUUUUUAAAUAUCUUUAUCAUAUAUGAUGUACAUGGAUCAUGAAUUUUAUGUUCUUUUAUUCAUGUACAUGAAUUAUAUGCAAAAAAUUUUUAAGACCACAUUCUCAUUCUUUCAUGGAAUGAGUAGAGAAUAGAAUAUUUCUUUAAAAAACCAUCUUAAUAGAAUACAAUUUCAAGACAUGAUCAUGUCUGUAUCUAUUGUAUUCCAAUUAUGAACGCAUCAUAUUUCAAAAUAUGGCAUUCCAUGGUAUGAUGCCAUUGUUCUUAAACUUACUUUAGUAUAUUAAUUAGCAUUAUGCACACUGUAAUGACAUCUAAAGAGGAAUUAAUAUGAAUUUAAAUGAAUGAGUACAUUCAUAUGAUAUACAAACUAUCCCAGUGAAUAAAAAUGCGUCUGGAAUUAUAAUUAUGUAUUUUGUGUAAGUUAAAAAGAAUAUCCAAUAUUAAUAAAAAAAAAAUACAUAUAUA